AAGCUGCGCUGUUCUGCGGCUGAUGUUAGGCAUUCGGCCUUGAAGAGACGCCGUCGCCGCGGAGCUGGUUGUGUUCCGAGCUGGCCGCCGGGAGUGGGGCGGCGGAGCAAACAUGAAUGUUGGAGUUGCCCACAGUGAGGUGAAUCCAAAUACCCGUGUAAUGAACAGCCGGGGUAUGUGGCUGACAUAUGCAUUAGGAGUUGGCUUGCUUCAUAUUGUCCUACUCAGCAUUCCUUUCUUCAGUGUUCCUGUUGCUUGGACCUUAACAAAUGUUAUACAUAAUCUGGGGAUGUAUGUAUUUUUGCAUGCAGUAAAAGGAACACCUUUUGAAACUCCUGACCAGGGUAAAGCAAGGCUCCUAACUCAUUGGGAACAACUGGACUAUGGAGUACAGUUUACAUCUUCACGGAAGUUUUUUACAAUUUCUCCAAUAAUUCUAUAUUUUCUGGCAAGUUUCUAUACGAAGUAUGAUCCAACUCACUUCAUCCUAAACACAGCUUCUCUCCUGAGUGUGCUAAUUCCUAAAAUGCCACAGCUACAUGGUGUUCGGAUCUUUGGAAUUAAUAAGUAUUGAAAUGUUUUGGAAUGGAACAAAAUUUUUACAGCUACUGAGUUUUCUGUAAGAAAGGAGUGGUUAGUAAACUGCACGUUUCCAUGAUAAUGUGAAAUGAGAUGUAUUUACAUUGGAGGGCCAGUUGCUGGUUCUUCAUAUGCUGUUUUGAAGUGCAGAUAUUUACUAGAAGAUGCCUCUGUGUAAUGCAUGUGGUAUCUUUCUGAAGAGAGGCUUUAUAGGCAGCUGGGCAGGCCCAGCUUAUAAGUUAAAUGGUUGUAAAGUGAGGGUAUAGUAGAUAAAUCUAAGGAAAUAAGAGAUUUAUAAGACACCAAGACCAGUUUAGCUUAUAAUAAGUGGGCAUUAUGUUAGGAGAAGAAAAUUUCCAGUCAUUCAGUCAGUUUAAGCAGACAUACAUGUAAACCAGAAUCAUCUCUUUGCAAGUUUAUUAUAGAUCAUUUUUAUUACUGUAUGUAUUUCUCUUAUGGUAUAUAAGAGGAUAUUUCCCUCUUGUUUUAUACAAAGCAAUUCCCUACUUUAUGAUUGUACAUUUUUGGUUUUGCUGGCUCAACACUGUAUUGAAGGAUGAGGUCAUUUUUACAUUUAUUAAGUUACUGAGUUCAUGAAAGUCCACCUUCAUGACUGAUGAUAAGACAGCCAGGCAUCUUAUAAACAGCCUCUGAGUCAGCCUUCUAAUUUUGUAGCAGAGUUGGUUUUGCUGCCUUUCCAGACACAAGGCUGCUAAUCCAAUUAAGAAAAUAAUUUAUUUCACACGGUUAAAAUAUAUGGUAAUUUAAAGCUGUCUGCUUAUUUGGUUGAUAAUCUAAUUGUUAAAGUCUGCUGUUGUUUAGAAAAGGAAACAUAAAAUGGACAACUAUUUUAGCCGACCUGUGGUCUGGCAGAAACUGCUUCUGUAGCAGUAGUACAAGUAAAUAAUGGAGUCUUUUUUAGUGGGAUUGCAGUAAAAGACAACAUUGCCUUUUCUUACACCCCCUGCUCUCAAUCCCCAUAUUUUGCCCAUUAAUGUUUUGCCUUUCAAUACAUGGAUCUUAUUGUAGAUGAAGCCAAAGUGGUAACUCUUUCCAAAGCAGCAACCAUAUUGAAAUCUUGUGAUAUUAAUUGCAAGAAAUAACUACUUGGAGAAGGAAACAUGUCAAAAACAAAGUUCUGAUAUGGGAUGAAACUGAAAAGUCCAGUAAUAUUUGUAAACAAAACUGAGUGAAAAGAGUUAUAGACCAACUGAAAAAUCAAUUUGUUUCAAUAAACUGACUUUUGGGGGGUAAUGAUCAUCGUUUUGUAUUUCAGAAGUACUGAGUUUAGAAAUCAGUUGUAUGAUAAUGCUUUUGUAUGUUUGUCUUUUCCCAUGUAUUUUUAAACCAGUAAUCUAUACUUGAAUAAAACUUUUUUUUCAUGUAAGAUUACAAAUAAUCUCCAAAUUCAGUCAGCAAUGUCACAUUUAUUUUUCAAGGUUUUUUAAAGCAACUGAAUUUGUAAAAUUAAGGUAGUUAAAAAUGUUCCUUUGCUUUUCUUCAUUUUAAAGGCUUACAUUUUUGCUUCAGACUUCAGAGACAGAAAUCUAUUUCUGUUAAUACAGGCCUUCUGCUUUUUUCCCCACUCGUCACCCUUCAAUGUUUUAAAAAUAUUUAUUCAAUAGAUAUUUGAGGGCCCAGUCUGGUGUAGGUAUUGUGGCUAUAGUUUGUAAGUAAGACAGACAAAAUCUUUUCCUUUACAAGCUUACAUUCAAAUUGGAGAACAGAUAAUAAAUGAGUCAAAUCAUAUUAUUUCAUGUAGUGAUAAAUGCCAUGGGAAAAAAAAUUAAGCAGGUGAAAGGAGAACCUACCUCAGAAAGCCUUCCCUAAUGUUUCUAAGGUGAUUUUUGGACUAGAAAGGAAUAAUAAAGGAGGAUGAGAAUGGUAAAAAAUGAGGUCAGAGAAAUAGAAAGGGUUAGAUCUUUUAGGGCUCUAUUGGCCAAGGUAGUAAGCAAAUUUUCUUCUAAGCUUGACAAAGCCAUUGGAUAGUUUUACAUAGGAAAUUAAAGGGAUCUGGUUUUUUUUUUUUUAAAGGUUACUGGCUAAUGUUGAGAAUAAAGUGUAAAAGAAUAGGAAGCAGAAAGAAUAGUUGGGAAACUACUACAGGCAAGCAGUAGCUCAGACGAGAAAAAUGGCUAUGAUGAAGUGGUUAAGAAGUGGUCAGAUUUGGUAUAUGCUUUUUUGGUCUUAACACCUGGGUGAAUGGUUGUAUUAAAUAUGGAAACUUCCCAAUUUCACAAGUUUAUAUCAUUUAAUGUGAAAAAAGCAACUUUUUUUUUU